UCUCUGGUUUGAGCUUUUUCCACUUAAAGAUUCCACCUUUCUUUGUUUCUUUGAGCUUUGGGCACAUACAAAUACACACACUAUGUACAUCUCUGCAUUUUAUGCCAUUUUUUAAAAACAUUUUCAUAGUCUUUUUUAUAUCAGGGGUUGAAGGGGUUCUUGUGUUGAGCGCCUCCGUCGAUAGAAAAGCCCAAAUCCGCAGCUUCAUUCGGUUGAAGAUUUCUUGGGAGGCGAGAUUAACUUUUGGGUGUUGAAUGGAUGUAUCUUAGGAAUUUCUGACUGUUUCCACCCUGUUGGUUGUUACCAACAGACAACAAGAUGGAUUCGGUGAAACGCUCUGUGGUCACACCGAGCAAGAGUGGAUUGGCGCGCGCCAUUGCCAAGGCUCUACACAUUCGUGCGGUCACAGGUGUAGCUCCGGACGAUGAUGGUAUCCUGAAAAAUCAUUUCAAGCACGCUGAGGCUCGCACGUCUGCAGACGAUGACAAGGAGGAGCUCCUGCAGGAUGACGGGAUAGUCCAAGAAGCUUUCCUCUCGAAACUGUUUGCUUCAGUUUCUGCUGUUAAAGCCGCCUACGCGGAGAUGCAGUUUGCUCAGUCUCCUCACGACGCUGAUGGGAUUCAAGCUGCGGACAGGAUGGUCGUAUCCGAGCUGAAGCGCCUCUCCGAGCUGAAGCAGGCUUAUUUAACGAAACAGCUGAAUGAGGCAACCCCGGCCACCACGUUGCUUUUAUCCGAGAUUCAAGAGCGGAAGAGUUCUCUUAGGAUCUACGAGGUCACUGCCAAGAAGCUCGAGUCUCAGCUCCAACUCAAAGAAGCGGAGGCCGCCUCUCUCAGAGGGAAACUAUCGGAUGCCAAUAAGGCUAACACGUUGCUCGAGAAGAGGCUGAGCUCGAGCGGGCAGUUUGUCGUCCCCGAGAACGUUCAGCUGUCCGACACGAGGGUCGGAGACUUCCUGUCCUACCACAAGCAGACGCUGAAAUCUAUCCGAAGCUUCGUGCAACUUCUGAUCAAAGAGAUGGGAUCCGCUGGCUGGGAUUUGGAUGCUGCGGCCGACUCCAUUGAGCCGGGCACUCGUUUCAGGAACCCGAGCCAUAAGUGCUUCGCGUUCGAGUCCUUCGUGUGCAAACAAAUGUUCGAUGGCUUCAACUGCCCCGAUGAGAAGGCCAUGCCGGAGAGGGACAAGAGGCGCGUCUUAUUCCUCAACCGAUACAUCGAGCUGAUAUCCGCGAAGCCUAAAUCUCCGUUUGCAUCGUUCUGCCGUGCAAAGUACUCGAGAGUCGUGCACCCGAAGAUGGAAGCCUCUCUCUUCGGCAGCUUGGAGUCCGUGGCGUCGAGUGAGCCGCUGGAGACGCCCUUCUUCUCGGCAUUCUGUGAGAUGGCGAAGCGCGUCUGGCUCCUGCGCCGCUUGGCCCUGUCUUUCGAGCCGGGGGUCUCCGUCUUCCAAGCGAAGAAGGGGGACCGAUUCUCGGAGGUCUACAUGGAGAGCUUGGGCGACGAUGCCCGGUUGCAGCCGGAGCCUCUCGUGGCAUUGUGCGUCGUGCCCGGAUUCAAGAUCGGCAAGACUAUUGUCCAGUGCCAAGUUUAUCUGUGUUGAUCUUGCCCUGGAUAGUUAAACAUUGGCUUUAUUUUAGGGUAGUUUUUUUGUUGAAAGAAAUCUGCUUUUGUUAGGGCUUUACAAUUUUGUUAAUAGGUUGGUUAGUAGAGAAUGAUGCUAAGUGUAUAUUUGUAGUACUUUGUUUGUAUGAUAGGAAAACUUGUUGAUUAA